AUAUCCUAAUUGGAAGGCCAAAAGACAACGCAUGGAUCUCUCCCUGUUGCAGUCGGUCUUCCUGUUCCUCCUCCUUCCCCUCUUUUUCUUCCUCUUCUUCUACCAAAAUCCAACAAAGAAACCUAACUCUACAGGGCUCAAAUCCUACCCACUGCUAGGAAAUCUCCCUCAAUACCUCAAAAACCGCCACAGAUUCCUCGAAUGGUCGACCGAAAUCCUCAUCAAAACCCCAACCUACACCAUGACGUUCCAAAGCCUUGGGCAGGUCAGUGGAAUCAUCACAGCCAACACCUUAAAUGUUGAACACAUGCUGAAAACCAACUUCGUGAACUACCCAAAAGGCACGCGGUCCAUCUCCAUGCUGGAGGACUUCCUCGGUCAAGGGAUCUUCAACUCUGAUGGUGAGCACUGGAAGUGGCAGCGGAAGGCAGCAAGCUAUGAGUUCAACAAGAAGUCGCUUCGAAACUUUGUGGUGGACACGGUGCAGUAUGAGAUAGUCCAAAGGUUGUUACCUUUAUUGAAGAAAGCCAGCAAAAAGAAUGAAACGGUAAACCUGCAAGAUGUUCUGGAACGCUUUGCAUUCGAUAACAUCUGCAAGGUGGCCUUCAAUGAAGACCCUGCCUCCCUUGCUGAAGAAGAGAGAGUUGGCGAUACGAUCUCUUCAAACUUCAUGAAAGCCUUUGAAGAAGCACAGAAUCUUGUUCUCAGACGAUUCUUGGAUGCACUGGAUGUCACCUGGAGGAUCAAGAAGCUACUCAACAUCGGAUCGGAGAGGCGGCUCAAGGAAGUAAUUUCAAUUGUUCACAACUAUGCCAUGAAUAUCAUCAGAUCAAGGAAGGAGAGACCUGCACACCAGUACCAGGAUCUUCUGUCUCGAUUUGCUUCAAACAAAGAAAAUACGGAAGAAUUCCUUCGAGAUGUCGUGACAAACUUUCUUACUGCUGGCCGUGAGACGACAUCAUCAGCACUGACAUGGUUCUUCUGGCUCCUCUCAACGAGACCUGAUGUGGAGAAAAAGAUACUAGAAGAAGUCAGAUCAGUCCGGGCCCUGAAUCAGAAUUCAGAUGAGAUAUUUAGUUUCGAUGAGCUUCGAGAGAUGCAUUAUCUCCAUGCUGCAAUAUCGGAGUCGAUGAGGUUGUACCCUCCUGUGCCCAUCGACACACAGUCGUGCAAAGAAGAUGACACCAUGCCUGAUGGAACCUUUGUAGGUAAAGGAUGGUUUGUCAGUUAUAGCGCUUAUGCUAUGGGAAGGAUGGAAAACAUCUGGGGGAAGGACUGCAAUGACUACAGACCAGAAAGGUGGUUGGAAAAUGGGGUUUUCCAGCCAGAAAAUCCAUUCAAGUAUCCAGUGUUUCAUGCCGGUCCCAGGAUGUGCUUGGGGAAGGAGAUGGCAUACAUACAGAUGAAGUCGAUUGUAGCUUGUGUGCUUGAGAGGUUUGAAAUCAAUGCUGUGGGGAAGGACAAAAGUCCAGAGCAUAUCCUAUCACUGACCCUAAGGAUGAAAGGAGGUUUGCCAAUUCAAGUUAGAGAAAGGGUUGAUGCAAUAAACUAAAAGUGCUGUAUCUUGCAAAGACUAGGAGCAUGUAACUUGUGGGGUUUGGGUUAUAUUGUUAUAAUUUUGCUUUUGCAGUUCUAUAUGUUACCAAAAAGAAAAACAUGCAAUUUUAUUUGUUAUGGUUUGCAUUUAACAAAACUGAGUAGAUUAUGGUGGUAGAAA